AUGGACUUCACGUUGGAUCCCCCGGACUCCGGAAGCCCUUCUUGGGCAAGCUCAACCCCCAGGCCUGGACGGUUGCAGUUCUGGGUUGACAUGGCCAAUGGUCCCGGUUUCAAUGUGGGGAGUCCUGAGCCAGAGAGUCGUCGCCCCGAUGAGGAGACCGUCGAUGCCAUGGCUCGUCAUCCGAGUUCCCCAUCAGCCCACAGCGCGAUAUUCGGCACUUCAGACCUGUCUUCUUCUGACAAAUUGCCUGGUGACCAAGAUCCUCGGUCCCCUGCAAAUAUCCUGCCGCCCACAUCUCUAUCCACGAUAGCCGAAGCCCCUCCAUUGGGUGGCCAGCAUGCCCAGAUCGUGACACGCGGUGGGAGAUUGCAGGUGGCUGAGGACAGCCACAGCAGUCCCUCUCUUAAGAACAUUCGUGUCGACGGUGAGCUCGCCAUUAAGAAUGUGGGUCUGCUGUGGGAGGGCGACCCGGCAUACGAAGCCCAUCUAUGGGAAUGCUAUCUCACAUGGCUGAACCCUCUGACAAGCCUGGUCGAACAAAAUCUUUUCGAUCAAGACAAGGAGAACUUCUUAUCCUCGCAGGAGAGCGACUUUUACUCACCUGCCCUGGAAAAUGCCGUCUUUUCCACGGGCGCCAUGCACACAACGCGUCAAAACCCUUCUAUCAUAGGUGACGCCUGUAAAUUCUUUGCCAGCAGAGCGAAAGUUUACCUAGACCUGGAACUUCAGACACCAACAAUAGCAACGCUCCAAGCUCUUGUUCUCCUCUGCGAGCAUGAAGCUGCCCAGGGUAGGGACAGCCAAGGAUGGAUAUACUCAGGAAUCGCCUCCCGGAUACUACCUGAUCUGGGACUGCAGUUGCAUUGCGCCUCUCCACGUGAAACCGAAAGCUGUGCCCCUGAUGCCUUAGACGUAAAAGCCCGAGUCUUCUGGUCUGUUGUCCACAUAGAUACGAUUUGGUCAAGCUGGUGCGGAAGGCCUCAGUCCUUCACGACGAGGGAACUUUUCUUCCGGCAAGCUCCCACCCUGAGAUGCUCAGGUGCCACGGACCCCGAUUCCCAAAUUGGCGCCCAUGUUCAUCUGGCCCCCGACAGGUAUCAUGACAGAGAAGCCUCUCGAGACUCUCUGUCCAAAUUUGCAGUGCAGGCAGACGCAUCACUCCGAGACUGGGCGGUUUCUCUUCCCCUAUUUCUGCAGCUUACACCAGGUCAAGACGAUCAAUGCCUAGAUCCUGUCGUGUUGCAGUUGCAUCUGCUGUAUCAUGAGAUUCGAAUUCUUCUUCACCGACCGCUCAUUGGCUACGGCUCCCCUGCUACUAACCUCCAGUCCCCAUGUGGCAGAGCAACUGAACCUCAUCAUGAUAUAUGUAGCAACUCAGCCUCCGAUAUCAUACGCUUGAUGGGACAGUUUCGUGACCGAUUCGGCCUCUGCCACCUCUCAGCCUACUGUGUGCAUAUCCUAAUGACCGCUGGCAUAUUGUUCGCCUACAACACAUCUCUGACAAACCAAACGAGGGAGUUUAGGAACAAGUCUGCAAGCCUCACUCAGGCAAGCAUCCGCAUGAUGACCGAGUUGACAACGACGUUUCCAGUUGCCCACCGGUCUCUAGAAGUUCUCACGAGUUUGCGGCGAGAAUGGCAGAACUGUAACUAA